CGAGAGCCGUAAAUACGUCGGUGAUUGUCGCAAAGUGUUGUAGUCGCCCUCGCACACGAUUUCUCUCUCCAUUUGGAUUUGUCACUUUUGGGGAGGAAAACCUGUGACGGUAUAGUGAGUAACAAUGGCAGACGAAGACGCGUUACCAGGGGGCUGGGAGAAGAGAAUGAGCCGCAACUCAGGCAAGGUGUAUUACUUCAACCGCGUGACCAACGCCAGCCAGUGGGAACGACCCGCAGCGGGAGACUCCCGUGGAGAGCCAGAUAAGGUGCGCUGCUCACACCUCCUGGUCAAGCACAACCAGUCCCGCCGGCCGUCUUCCUGGCGGGAGCAGAACAUCACGCGCUCCAAAGACGAGGCCGUCGAGCUGAUUCAGAACUAUAUCGAGCGGAUCAAGUCGGAAGAGGACAAGUUUGAGAACUUGGCCUCCCAAUUCAGCGAUUGCAGUUCAGCCAAAAGCGGCGGAGACUUGGGACUCUUUGGCAGAGGUCAAAUGCAGAAACCUUUCGAAGACGCCUCUUUUGCACUCAAGAUCGGAGAGAUGAGCGGUCCCGUUUUUACCGACUCUGGGGUGCACAUCAUCGUGCGCACUGGCUGACCACACACACACACACACCAUGCACCCAUCAGUCUUUGUCACAAUGGUGCAAAGACGUAACGCCGAUCUAAUAUUUGACAACAAACAUACGCAAUGUAACAGAUUAUCACGCAGAUGAUUGAAAGUGCAUGUCACACAAGAAAAAGCCCGUCCUGCACUUUUUCUCCUCCGGAAAACCAAAAAAACGCAAUUCCAUUGCCCUCCUGUUCCUGCAUAGCAAAAAAUGACUGCUUUUAAAACAUUCGUUAUCCAUCUGAGCUGUCAAAAUAAAAGUCCUCUCUUUUUUUU